GCGGACGUUCGUCAGUAGUAAAUGGCAGGAGCGCCGUUUGCUGUGAGCUAACGGUCCCAAUAUUUACUUCUGUCACAUUUCUCUUCUAAUUUCGAUUCUUUACAAUCGGACAGUCGUUUAAAAGGUCUACAUCAUGGGUGAACCUCAGCAGGUUAGUGCCCUGCCCCCUCCACCUAUGCAGUACAUCAAAGAGUACACAGAUGAAAACAUCCGCAAGGGUUUGGCUCCAAAGCCACCACCUCCAAUCAGAGACAGCUACAUGAUGUUUGGCAACCAGUUUCAGUGUGAUGACAUAAUCAUUCGGCCUCUGGAGAGUCAAGGCAUUGAGAGGCUCCACCCUGUGCAGUUUGAUCACAAACGGGAGCUUAAGAAGCUCAACAUGUCCAUUCUGGUAAACUUUCUGGACCUGCUGGACAUCCUCAUCAAGAGCCCCGGGAGUAUAAAGCGUGAAGAAAAGCUAGAGGACUUAAAGCUUCUGUUUGUGCACUUGCACCACUUGAUAAAUGAGUACAGGCCACAUCAAGCCAGGGAGACCCUGAGGGUGAUGAUGGAGGUGCAGAAGAGACAGAGGCUAGAGACGGCAGAGAGGUUCCAGAAACAUCUGGAGAGGGUGGUGGAGAUGAUUCAAGGGUGCCUUGCCUCUUUACCUGAUGACUUACCACAGAUAGAGGGCUCAGACACGACAAGGAGUUUAUCUGCUGUUGGUAUUGGUUGUUCUUCUGGUCAAGCCCCCAGGCUGAAAAGUGAACCUAUGGAUGUGGAGGAGGCAGGUGCCAGCUGUAUGGCAGCAGGUCAACAGGACAAGAGUACCCCUACUAAAAAGAGAGACAAAAUAUGGGACAAGGAUGCUGCUAUGUGUCGUAUUAUAGAUGAAAUUGCUUGAGUUGUGUUUCUUUUUGUACAUUUAAACUGUGUUUGUUCUUUUUUUGCAAGUUGUAAGUAUGCAUACAUUUUCUUGUGUGUGGGCCUGAAAUCCUGAUUGAUGUCAUGGACAUUCAAAGAAUUUAAUUAUUAUACAGGUCAACUGGGGUGCCACCUCUGUUUUUUGUAAUAAAACCCAUUAAAACAA